AUGAAUAUUUGUGAACAAUGUGGAUAUCAUUUGAAAAUGAGUAGUUCAGAUAGAAUUGAACUUUCGAUUGAUCCAGGCACUUGGGAUCCUAUGGAUGAGGACAUGUUCUCUCUGGAUCCCAUUGACUUUCAUUCGGAGGAAGAACCUUAUAAAGAUCGUAUUGAUUCUUAUCAAAAAAAGACAGGAUUAACCGAGGCCAUUCAAACCGGCAUAGGUCAACUAAACGGCAUUCCCGUAGCAAUUGGGGUUAUGGAUUUUCAGUUUAUGGGGGGUAGUAUGGGAUCGGUAGUAGGCGAGAAAAUUACUCGUUUAAUCGA